CUCAGCCUGCGCCGGAGGGAGACGCUCGGCAGGGAAAAUGCAAAACGAGGCCGCCCGGCAGAGCUGACUGGGUGGAGGAAAAAAGCCAAGCCACCCCCCCCAGCCCCCCGGCUCCCAUACUGCCGAUCAGCGGCACAAGCCGAGCCUCCGCCGCCUGUACGAAGAGCAGGGAGCCGGUGCUGCGGAUGCCGGUGCAUUAAAACGCAUUUACGCCGCUUGCGCACCGCUGAGGUUUCACGCUGCUGCGGCUCCUCUUUUUCUCCAGCUCAGCAUCCAUAUUUAUCGCAUCUCCGGCUCGGCUGCAAGGGAGUGGCCACCGCGGACGGAGUGCAGGGCGCCGUGGAACUGCUCCUCGAUCCAGGCGCAUCCAGCACCGGGGGAAAUACACACUUAUACGGGGAAAUGGCUGGGAAGAGCCAGAUCUCCGAGGCCUGACAGGUUUCAUCGCCACUGACGCCGCUGGGCAUUUGCGGCAUAGAGAACAGAACAUGCUGAAACCCAGCGGCCUGAAGAUCCCUGGGAGGACCCCCAAGCAUGCCAGUCCGGUGGGCCGCACCUCGGCCGGCUCGGCAGCCGGCGCCGGCACGCAGAAGGACAGUCCCCCCCACAAACAGAGCACCGCAGCCCCCAGCAGCACCUCUGACAAAUCCAGCAGCAAGGUGUCGGAGGUGGGGGACGAUGUGCUGGGUGACUUUGUGGUCGGCGAGCGGGUAUGGGUCAACGGGGUGAAGCCGGGCUGCAUCCAUUACCUGGGAGAGACCCAGUUUGCCCCGGGACAAUGGGCAGGGGUGGUUCUGAACGAGCCAGUGGGCAAAAACGACGGCUCCGUUGGCGGCGUGCGCUACUUCGAGUGCCAGCCCAUGCAGGGCAUCUUCACGCGGCCCUCCAAGCUGACCCGGCAGCCCAUGGCAGACGCCAGCGAUGCCCAUUCCACGGACUCCCUUACCGCACAGAACCUGACGCUCCACGGUGGUUCCACCCCCUCAGCCCAGCGGGUUGGGGUGCCCCUGCGGGAGGGCAUGCUCAACAGCUCUGUCAAAACGGGCAACGAGUCCGGCUCCAACAUGUCUGACAGCGGCUCCGUCAAGAAGGGGGGCGAUAAGGAUCUCCGCGUGGGGGACCGUGUGCUGGUCGGAGGGACCAAGACGGGCGUGGUGCGGUACGUGGGGGAGACGGACUUCGCUAAGGGCGAGUGGUGCGGCGUGGAGCUGGACGAGCCACUGGGGAAGAACGAUGGAGCCGUGGCCGGAACCAGGUACUUCCAGUGCCCCCCCAAGUUCGGCCUCUUUGCCCCCAUACACAAGGUGAUACGCAUUGGCUUCCCAUCCACCAGUCCGGCCAAGGCCAAGAAGAGCAAGCGCAUGGCCAUGGGCGUCUCCUCCCUGGCCCAUAGCCCCAGCAGCUCCUCCAUCAGCUCUGUCAGCUCUGUCGCUUCCUCGGUGGGCGGGCGGCCCAGCCGCACAGGCUUGCUGACGGAGACGUCCUCGCGCUACGCCCGCAAGAUCUCAGGCACCACGGCUCUGCAGGAGGCCCUGAAGGAGAAGCAGCAACACAUUGAGCAGCUGCUGGCAGAGCGUGACCUGGAGCGGGCCGAGGUGGCCAAGGCCACCAGCCACAUCUGCGAGGUGGAGAAGGAGCUGAGCACACUAAAGGCCCAGCAUGCACAGUAUGCAGCAGAGGCUGAGAGCAAUUUGCAGCAGGUUCGAGCCCAACUGGCCAGCACCCAGAAGGACAAAGUAGAACUGGCCAAUCAGCUGGAGGAGGAGAAGAGGAAAGUGGAAGAUCUUCAGUUCCGCGUUGAGGAAGAAUCGAUCACCAAAGGAGAUCUAGAGACUCAGACGCAGUUGGAGCAUGCCCGUAUUCGGCAGCUCGAACACAGUCUACUGUUAGAAAUUUCCAAAGUGGAAUCGCUUCAGAAUGAAUUAGACCAGAAGAGGCAAACCACAGUGGAGGAGAAGAGCCGGAUCAUGCAGCUGGAGGAGGAGCUGACGCUGCGCCGGGCGGAGAUCCAGGAGCUACAGGCGAGGCUGGGAAGCCCAAGUCUGGUGGAGGGCGCGGACCCCGGCUCCGGACUCCACACAGAGGCUCUUCUGCUGCGGGAGCAGCUCAUGACAGCUGGCCGCGAGCAUCAUAAGGAGAGCAGCCAGCUGCGGGAGAAGUAUGAAGCAGCCCAGAGCGCUAGCAAGCGGGAGGUGGAGCGGCUGAGGGCCACCAUGGACAAGCAAACUCAGGAGAUCAGCGACCUGCGGCAGAAGCUGCAACAGGCCACACUGGAGAACAUGGAGAUGAUGGACAGCUGGAAGUCCAAGCUGGACACCUUAGUGAAUGAACACCAGCGCUCCCUGGAGGACCUCAAGCUGUCCCUGACCACAGAUGGGGCCAAGGCAGGCCUAGACAAAGACCUGCUGGAGCUGCGCACGGCCCUGGAAAGCCUCAGGAUGGAACAUCAGCUAGAGGUGGAGAACCUGAAGGCCAAGCAUGACAUCGAGGCGGCCGUGCUGGCCAAAGAGAAAGAGGACCAGCGGACGCGGCUGCAAGAGCAGCAGAGAGAGUUGGAGGAGAGCAGCGAGAGCUGCAGGAGCCACGCGGAGGCACAGGCACUGCAGCACGCCCUGGAGGCGAAGGAGGCCGCCGAGAAGCUGCAGAUGGCAGAGCUCCGGCUCUGCGAGAUGGAGAAGCUGUGCGAGGACUUCAAGGAGCAGGGCCGGGCCCACGACCUGCUGAAGGAGCAACUGACCCUGGCCGAGAAGAAGAUGGUGGACUCCGAGGCUCUGCAGAAAGCGGAGGCCCAGAGCCGGGCGGAAGUCCAGAACCUGGAGGAGAAGCUGAGGGUGAUGGAGAACCGUCUGCAGGCCAUGGAGGAGAAACCUCAGGAUGCCAACAUGAUAGAAGAUAACAAUGUCUCUGAAGAGAAGAUCAAAUUAAGGCAGGAUAUGGAUGACACCCUGGAGAUGCUGGCAAAGAGGGACAAAGACGUGCUGAUGCUGUCGGCACAGGUGGAGGCAUUCCGAUCACAGAUAGCCGGCUUGGAGUCCAAGGUCCGAUCGGGGGAGAAGAAGGCCGACGCUCUCCUGCGGGACAAGCAGCGUCUGGAGGCCGACCUGGAGUCCCUGACCAAGAAAUCCCAUGAUGCCUCUGGGCAGCUGGUCCUCAUCAGCCAGGAGCUCCUGAAGAAGGAAAGGAGCCUGAAUGAGCUGAGGGUCUUGCUGCUGGACUCCCCUCGACACUCGCCAGGCCUGGACCGCGACCUGAACCGUGAGGUGCACAAGGCCGAGUGGAAGGUGAAAGAGCAGAAGCUGCAGGACGAUAUCAAGUCUCUGCGGGAGAAGCUUCUACUCCUGGGUCGAGAGAGGUCCUCGCCAGACCACCGCCGGUACUCCAUGAUGGACCCUCCAGCAAUGGAUAGUGAGAUGUUGCGGCUUCAGCAGAGGCUCCGGAGCACAGAGGACGUGCUGAGGAAUGCCCUGGAGCACAACCAGAAAAUGGACCAGCUAGUGGAGGCCAUGCGCAUCCGGCCUGAAAAGACCCAGACACUUGCAAGUGAAAAUUCUGCCAAUGGGAUACAUGAAGAAGAAAAACCCGUCACACAAGAGGAGACUCACUGAUGAAGAGGAUUGGCAGCCCCCUGAUUAAUUUGGGACGUCUGGAAGUUCAGUAUCACAAAGUAACAAAAAAGAGGCAGCCUGGUUCGUUUUCACAGUGGGGGGGGGGGGGGAGACAUGAUGCCAAAACCAUGAUUUCUCAACAGGCUGCUCCUGAAGAAUCAUCCAGCAGAUACCUUAAUGACGUGGAGGUGACAUCCAUAGUGCCACUAACUGCUGAUAUAACUCUCGGACUACCUCCAGUACAAAAGCCGGCAUCAAAGAGUCGAUUCUCUUGUAUAGAAUUGAAUUGGAAUCUACAGUACAUUUCUGGAAUGGGUUCUGUAGACCUUUUGGACUUUUUUGGCGAUAGUUGAAGUUAAUUAAACAUCCUCUUGAUGAUUAAUUGGCCGGUGAUACAUUUAGGUGAAAUGACCAGCGUUGUCUACUUUGGAGAACGUUAUUUCCAGUCAAGCUCCACACUAUAUAUGAUGAUUGGACAGAAAGGCUGCUGGAUUCAGUUGAUUCUUAUUUCAUGAGUAUUUGCAUAUUAAUUAAAGCUCAAUGGUUAAUUUAACCCAACCAAAUCAGUCCAGCUGUGUUAGUGGAAUAGCACUGAUUGCAGAGGUGGAAACCAAGAUUUGGUUUCUACUAACCAGUUGAGUGCUUACUAUCACAGAUACUCAACUGGUUGGUUGAAACAAAAUCCUGGUCUGGAUUUUUACUCUUUGGACUUGAACUUUCCACCUCUGACUGAUUGCCUUUAGCCCCUUCUCAACGUUCUUAACUGAACUUCUCCACAAACCAAACCAUAUAGUGUUUUUAUCCAUAGAAAUGAAAGGAACUGGUUUGGCGGACGACUUUAUUUAAGCGCCAGUAUUAAGAUAUUUAUAAAAAAUAUGAAAAAUUGUCACCAACCUUCAUUGCCAAUGGGCCGGAUGACAUUCUAGCCUUCAGCUAGGCUAAUUCUCUGCUGUUUGAGCUAAACCUGCAGCUCAGAGGACCACCUUCAUUUCAUCUGUACCUGCUAAUCGUUGAGUACGUCACACAUUCAGUCUUCCAAAAUUGUUUAUGUCCAUUUUCACUCCAAUGAAUUGCCAUUGCUUAGAACAGUGUUUACUGGCAGUGGCUGAGUACUUUUGGUCUGUUGCAACAGUUUUGGGUCAUAUUUUAAGGGCAAAAAAUGUUAGGCUGACCCUAAUCAGCUCCAAUGAAUUUAGAAUUUGUCAGUUAUAUUCAAACAAGCUUAAUGCCACUUUUCUGCUGUAAUCCUCUAUAACUCUGUAACUAAAUCGUUUUUGGGACUUUCAAGACAUUAAAUAUUAACAAUAUGGGCAACGGAA